UCUCAUUGCCUGGUUCCCGUGGCGCGCCUACUCCCCUGAUGACUGGUUGAAUGGCUUACACCUGACAGUGGCGCUGUGUGCUUUUGACGCCUUGCUGACUUUUGUGUUGCUGGCACAAUGUGCCUUAUUGCAGAGAUUUCCAGCCACCAUCAGAAUCAUUUAAGACUUAUAAAAUACAGUCACGUGGCUUCUCUCAUUGGGUCCUCCAGCGUUCUGUUCUGUGGCAUGGUGUCCACAAACAUGGAAAACUUCAAAGCUUUCCAGGCAUUCACGGUGCUGAUUGCUGUAAUAAGCUGCAUCUGCAUGAUGUACACUGGCAUGUACAGUGAAAGCCGCUUUGAUUCCAAAAUAAUUGAGUCAGAUGUUCAAGGGUGUACCAACCAGGUGGCAGGUAAAACGGCGUGCUCCAUCUUCAUGUUGAAGUCAUUGACAUGGCAGAUUCUCACCAACAAGGACUUUCAGCUGUUUGUGAUGAUGAACUUCUUCCAGGUGUUUAUGUUGGCUUUCUUUGAUAAUUUCACCAUGAUAUUCACGGAGCACCUGAUUCCUCCAGAUGCACUUCCGUCACUAGCCAAGAACUUUAUGUAUGGAGCGGAAUUCAUCUUACCACAGCUUUUAGUUCUGAGUAGUCAGAGUCUGCUGCAUAGCAUUGGCUACUACAGGAUCAUCCUCUUUAUCUUUAUCCUUGAGGCUGGAAUGGCAGCCCUCAUGCUUGCACUUGGUCCUCAACGUUACUACUUCUUGGCCUUUUUCCUCACUAUAAAUAUGGUUAUAAUUCAAGCAGCCUUCAGUCUCUUUGGCUUGCCUCUGGCUGACAUUAUUGACAUAGAUCUGCAGAAAUACAAGCACAGGUAAACAAAUGAAUACACAGGUAUAGAAAUUUUAUACCAAUGCAAUUUAAUGUAUUUUCCAGAUUUCUUGGAAAGACUUUAAA